AUGGACUUGCUUCGAUCCAUGCGGAAAACUAAGAAAAAGAAGGACAAAAUUCAUUCGGAUCGAAUGACUGGAGAAGACAAAUCAAGAAGAACGUUCGUUAUUGGACAAGGCGUUGACGGAUUAUUGAAAGAAUAUAACGAACAGAUUUUUUCAUUCAUACCAACUGGAUCGUAUAAUCGAACUGUUUUUGAUCAAAAUACUCCACUAAAGAAAAACCGAUAUAAAGAUGUUGUUUGCAACGAUUUAUGUCGAGUAAUUUUAAAAGAUGGAAGAGGCGGCGACUAUAUUCAUGCGAACUAUGUAAGAGGUCUUCAACCUCUUUACAUUCUGACACAGGGUCCGUUGAAAGAAACCUUAAUCGAUUUUUGGAGAAUGAUUGUUCAGGAAAAAGUAACAACGAUAUGCAUGCUGUCAGAGUUUAUCGAGAAUGGGAGGCGAAAAUGUGAGAACUAUUUUCCUGAGGGUUCUGGCAACACGGCUACUUACGGCGACUUUACUGUUGUGUGUGAUUCUGAAGGACCAAUUGAUGAACACUCGUUUCGGACAAUGCUUGCUGUGACUGAUAAAACGACUGAAAAAACGCUAAGAUUGAUGCAUAUCAAAAUAACGACUUGGCCAGAUAAAACAGUUGCCAAAUGCCCACUAUCGCUUAUUAGAACGUUGAAGAUUUUGCGGAACUCUCAAAAUGCCGCUGUCAUUCAUUGCUCAGCUGGAAUUGGCCGAACCGGAACAUUAAUGGCCGUUGAAGUCGGAGUUCAAGCGCUUUUGAACAACAAGAAUUUCAAGCUCAUGGAUGUUGUGAAAUGUUUGCGAUACUGUCGACUGAACAGUGUUCAGAUGGACACACAAUAUAUGCAACUCGCUGAGACAUUGCUAGAAUGUGGAAUAUCCAAUGGGUAUAUUGAUGAUCCGAAACUUAUCGAGGGGAUCGAAGUGGUCAAGAGAGGAAUUGCUGAUUACGUGUUGGCCCAUCCUCCGCCGAUCGAGCCGAAAGCAUCUACGCCGCAAGCAGCGACACCUCCGCAAGACAAGAAACUCUCUCCUCCAAAAGAGGCGCCUGCUGGAGCACAGCCGGUCGAAUUUAACAUGCUUGAAGUCUUCACCCCUAAAGUGUGUAGCAACGAACCGAUUACUGCUACACCGAAUACAUUCAAAGUAGCAAAACCGAGCGCCGAAAAUGGAAACGCGCCGCUCAUGCCGUAUAAUCCGACAGAAGCAAUUUCAACACCACUAGCAACGGUUCCGAUUGCGACGGUUCCAGCUUUAAGUAUGGCGACGCAAAUGCACACGGUAGCAUUAGUGCCAGUGAAUGUGAACCAUGUUCCCCUUCAUUCGCCGACAUCGCCUCCGCCGCAUCAGACGGUUUUCCAAACAGUGAAACCACUACCAGUAGCACCACAAACACAGCCGAGACCACUAUCAUCAUCUCCAAUUCCAACGGCAUCACCACCGCCAAAAGCAGCAAGUCCGUCACAAGGUGCCAGGAAGGGAGGAGUGCAACAAAUAAACAGCAUGUAUCUUGGUUAA